CGUCAGUCAGUCCAUCACCACCGUCUUCCUCCGUCCGCUCCAUUCGCCGCGUCCACCGAAGAAAGAGGCCGCCGACCGAGCCAAACCGAGGCAAUGGCGAAGGGCGGGCUGACCAAGCUCCGGUGCAUGAUCAAGAGGUGGCACUCGUCCAGCCGCAUCGCCCGCGCGCCGUCGCCCGGCCCGGGCCCCGGCGUCCAGGACGACGGCGGCGCGCGCGUGCGCGGCGGCGCCGGCUCGGCGUCGUUCCACGGCGCGGACGAGGUGCCCAAGGGCCUGCACCCGGUCUACGUCGGCCAGUCCCGGCGCAGGUACCUCAUCGCCGAGGAGCUCGUGAGCCACCCGCUGUUCCAGACCCUCGUCGACCGCACCGGCGGCGGCGCCACCGGGGGAGCCGCUGCCGGAGGUACCGUCGUCGGCUGUGAGGUCGUCCUCUUCGAGCACCUGCUGUGGAUGCUGGAGAAUGCCGACCCGCAGCCGGAGUCCCUCGACGAGCUCGUCGACUACUACGCGUGCUGAGACAGAGCCUCACCCACCCGGCGGCGCCGACCGGCCGUGACAGCAGCGCGGCCCGACGGAGUCGGAAGCUUAGCUAGCUGAGAGCUGGUGUGUCAAUUCGUUCGGCAUCCCUGUGUGUGUAUUCUGUAGGGUAGACUUGUGAUAAAUGGCAGAUGCGGGGGGCGAAUUGAAAAGCGCCGGAUUGAUUCCCUUUGCUAAUGUGUAUCCUCGGUGUGUCUCGAUGCUAAAUUGCUACUGAUGGAAAAUCAUUUUUUUUAAGAAACUGGAGGGUCGAGGCCCCUAUAGGAAACUUUAAUGAA